UUAGACUCCUGUUGAGUGUAUUAUUGUAAAUUAGGGUCAUUUCUAGACACAUCCAGCUCCUCAUUUGCAUAUUCAAACAUGAUUGUUCUGACAGCUCGGCUCACAGACCCUGGUCAGAGCCUCUCACUAAUCUGGGUCAGUCUCUCGGUGACACCUUUCCCUGAAGGUUUCCCUCCAGCAGCUCACUCACAGCUUCUCCUCCUGCCGCUGUCAAACAUUACACUAUUUCCAUGUAAACUUAAGUUAACAAACAACCAAACUUCGACAACAAAACCCCACCCAGGCCGAUCGGGGCGGACUCAUUGGCCGGCGCGUCUGUAAAUCCGUUCCCUCUCCGUCCGCCGCCUCCCAUUGGCUGCCGGUGACGACAAUCGUGCGCGCAGCUCCCGCCCACCGAGCGGAUCAAGUUUGAAUGAACAGCAGCAGCCUGCUCCGGAGCUGCCACUUGCAUUUGCAGUAAUUAUUAAAAAAGUGUGUAUCGUGUCGCAGGGCGCGCACAUCCACGAUGGACAUGAAGAAGCGGAUUCACCUGGAGUUGCGGAACCGCACUCCGUCAGACGUCAAAGAACUUGUGCUAGACAACUGUCGCUCAAACGAAGGCAAGAUCGAGGGUCUAACAGACCAGUUUGAGGAGCUGGAGUUUCUAAGCACAAUCAACGUCGGCCUGACGACAGUUGCCCACUUGCCCAAGCUAAAUAAACUCAAAAAGCUCGAACUCAGCGAUAACCGGAUCUCAGGAGGGUUGGAAGUUCUGGCAGCAAAGUGCCCCAACCUCACACAUCUCAACCUCAGUGGCAACAAGAUUAAAGACCUCAGCACAAUAGAGCCGCUGAAAGAACUGGGGAGCCUGAAAAGUCUAGAUCUGUUUAACUGUGAAGUAACGAACCUGAACGAAUACAGAGACAACGUCUUCAAGCUAUUACCUCAGCUCACGUACCUGGACGGAUACGACAAAGACGACAAAGAGGCGCCGGAUUCGGACGCCGAGGUUUACGCCGAGGGCCUGGACGAUGACGAGGACGACGAAGAUGAUGUAGACGAGGAGGAGUACGACGAAGACGCAGCACCGGGAGACGAGGAGGAGGAGGAAGGAGAGGAGGACGAGGAGGAGAAUGAAGAGGAGGAAGAGGAGGACCUCAGUGGAGAGGAGGAAGAGGAGGAAGAUUUGAACGACAGAGAGGUCGACGACGAGGACGAUGAAGAAGAGGAGCGAGGUCAGAAGAGAAAAAGGGAUCUGGACGAAGAAGGGGAGGAGGAUGAAGACGAUUGAGAAGCCUCUUUAAGCUAAGUUGUGAACUGUUUUAAACUUGUAAUCUCCCCGUCACUUCCCAACAACCCCAUGUAUUCCCCCCUUCCCCGCCCGCCUCCAGUUUCAUAUUGCAGUAGGAGUGGUUUUUUGUUAUUGGCCAGUCAGGUAGAUGGGGUUACCUGGAGGGAAAAGAAAAAAAAAAAACAACAAAAAAAAAGUUGAAUUUAUGUACCUUUGAUGCUCCCGUGUUCCAGUCUUUACUGUCCACUUUUAACUGCUUCGUGGACACCAGUUUUGUAAUAAUCGAAUAAUAGCAAACCUUUUUGAGAAAUGUUUUUGUUUUCUCACUGUUUGUGUAAGACCAGUUUCUGAUGACUUCUGUAUUUUAAGACCUCCCCCUUGAAAAGAAAAACAGAAAAAUGAAACAAAAAGAGUGCAUGUCUAAUACAUUCUAAAGUCAACUACUGGAUUUCAUGUAUGGCUGUCCUCUACUCGUCUUAAACUUAUUUUUAUUUUUAUUUUUUUGCAUUGUACUUUUUCUUUAUUAUAAUUAUUAUUAUUCUAAUUUUUUUUUAAGUUAUGUGUUUGUAGUGUCACCAGUAUGCCAAUACUCUCUGCUGUCCUGGUGUGAAACUUCUGUCUGAACAUGCACAGUGUGACCCUCACAGGGCAUAUUUUUAAAUCAUAGCAAAAAAAAAAAAAACAUUCACAAAAAAAAAAAAAUGUCUGCCCUUGUCAAAGCUGCUCCUCCUCCUUAAACCCUCAGCUUUGAUAGUUCGGAAAUUACGUGUUCUUGUAAAUAAUGACCAAAUCUAUUUUUUUGUAUUCUUCUUUGAUGACGGCAGACAUUGAACAGACAACCGAGGUGAAACUAUGACUUGUAAUAAGAUAUUAAAGAUGUAUGCUGCUUUAUCUAAAAAAGAAAAAAGGAAAAAAAAAUAAAAAUCCGCAGUGUGAAAUUUCUUGAAUUUGAACAUAACUUUGUAUGCAUAAUCUUUCCAUGAAGAGAACAUGUUGGACAUCAGAACUCAUCGUCGCUUCCCCUCCCCCCCUCCCUCCAUGUUCUUUCUUUGGGUGACACACAGGUGGCAAAAUGUUUGUGGUGAUGGUAGUGUAGAGAAGUGCUCGAUAUAAAACGGAGGUUACAACCGCAACUUUAUGUGCAUUGAAAAUUUAUUGUUUCAAAGUGUAAACUCUGGAAAACGGUCAUUUGUUUUGGACUUUUGUUUUCUCAAGUAUACGCAAUGGUCGAAUUGGCCUACCUCAGUGAUUCUUCACUCUAUGUUAAAUCCACUGUCAUCAGCCAAAAUUCUGUUGUUCUUUUUCCCUCCCGUUCACUUCAAUAAAUCCCUUUUAUAUACGU